ACUAGUGCAUUUCUUAUCGGUUAACGCGGACGCUAUUCUUUGAUUGAACAAUUAUGUGAUUUUUUCGUUCAAAAUUCAGAAAAUCGUAACAGAGAAGAAACCGGAAAUAAAGAAGUGAAACAAACUGAAAUCGAAGCAAAUUCCUCGAACUGAAAAUCGGCAAACAAAUUUAGUGUGCAAUCCAAAUUAAUUUUUUGCAUUGUUCUUGUUGUUGUUGUUGCCGUCGUGCCACCAUUUUCUGGUAAAUCCAACAUACAAGAACAGCCAGCGAAGAAACGGAAAAUUUAACACGCAAAUUAAAAGUGCAAUAAAAAAGCUGAAAGUGUUUUUACACUGCGCUAAAGAAGGAAGUUGAAGAUAGUAAAUAAAUGAGAAGAGCCACAGCAACACCACCAUAAAAAACUACAACAACCAACAACCAACAACAUACCACAUCAACACCAACCAACAAAAACAAAUAUCUACAACUCAUUUCUCUCGCUGCAGAGAUCCGAGUGUGAGCUAUAUAAAAUCGCGCGCGAGUUUCCAAAGCGUUUCCCCCGCUCCCCCUCUCUAAAAAUCGAUCGAAUUGAUCGAAAAUCGCGCGCAUUCGUCGCACGUAACUGAAUAAUAUAUAUUUCUCGCGCGACCACUGGGCUCAGGCCACAAAAAUCCGCCAAAAUUCUACACCAACAAACUUUAAUCAGCCCCGAGAUUUCGCUCCAGUUCGCAACGGCGACCACAAUGCCCUACAACGGCGCUAGCAAUGGCAGCGGCGGUGGAGGCGCCAGCAGCGGCGGCGGAGGAGGGGCCACCAUAGUCGUCACCGAGGGGCCGCAGAAUAAAAAGAUCCGCACCGGUGUCCAGCAGCCCGGCGAGAAUGACGUGCACAUGCAUGCUAGGUCCACACAACAACAGAACCAGCAGCAAGCACUUAUGAACAAGUCAAAUGACGAUGUACGGAGAAAGCGUCCAGAGACUACACGGCCAAAUCACAUUCUACUCUUCACAAUCAUAAAUCCCUUCUAUCCCAUCACAGUUGAUGUCUUGCACAAAAUCUGUCAUCCACAUGGCCAAGUGCUGCGCAUUGUCAUAUUCAAAAAGAAUGGCGUUCAGGCCAUGGUUGAGUUUGAUAAUUUAGAUGCAGCCACAAGGGCGCGUGAGAAUCUAAAUGGAGCUGAUAUCUAUGCUGGAUGCUGCACCUUGAAAAUUGACUAUGCCAAGCCGGAAAAGUUAAACGUAUAUAAGAAUGAGCCCGAUACCAGCUGGGACUAUACGCUGAGCACAGUUAAGGAGAUUGGAAAUGGCCGCUCGCCAUUACUGCAGGAGCCACUAUACGGUACACGACCUCAGCCCUACAGUAAGUCGCUGUUUUCUAUACCCGAAAAUGUUGUUAUGCUUGAGAGCCAGCCACCGCUAUUGGGACCAGGCGCCGCCUUCCCGCCAUUCGGAGCACCCGAAUAUCAUACCACCACACCGGAGAACUGGAAGGGUGCCGCCAUCCAUCCCACCGGGCUGAUGAAGGAGCCAGCCGGAGUUGUGCCCGGACGCAAUGCUCCGGUGGCCUUCACACCACAGGGCCAGGCUCAGGGUGCCGUCAUGAUGGUGUAUGGCCUGGACCACGACACUUCCAACACGGAUAAGCUCUUCAAUUUGGUUUGCCUGUACGGCAACGUGGCAAGGAUCAAGUUCUUGAAGACCAAAGAAGGCACCGCCAUGGUGCAAAUGGGCGAUUCCGUGGCCGUUGAGCGCUGCGUACAGCACUUGAACAACAUUCCCGUGGGCACUGGCGGCAAAAUACAGAUCGCAUUCUCCAAGCAGAAUUUCCUAUCCGAGGUGAUCAAUCCGUUCUUGCUGCCGGAUCACACACCCAGCUUCAAGGAGUAUACCGGCUCCAAGAACAAUCGUUUCCUAUCGCCGGCCCAGGCCAGCAAGAAUCGCAUUCAACCACCGAGCAAGAUUUUGCACUUCUUCAACACACCACCCGGAUUGACCGAGGACCAGCUUAUUGGUAUCUUCAAUAUCAAGGAUGUGCCGGCCACAUCGGUCCGCCUGUUCCCCUUGAAGACCGAGCGCUCGUCCUCUGGACUGAUUGAAUUCCCCAACAUCUCGCAGGCUGUGUUGGCCAUAAUGAAGUGCAACCAUCUGCCUAUUGAGGGUAAAGGCACCAAGUUCCCCUUCAUCAUGAAGCUGUGCUUCUCCUCAUCGAAGAGCAUGAAUGGAGCCUGGAACAAUGCGACCAGCGAGGGCAUGAUCGAGAAGGAGAACGAGGUGGACACCAAAGUGGACAUCUACAAUUGAGAUUUGAUAACGAUUGUGUAAGCAAAGCAAACGACAUCCCAGCUUAACUAUCACACAAUACAGAACCACCAUAUAUAAUAUAUAUAUACCGAUGAAGGAGAAGAAGCGUUCGUCGACUGACAAGCAAGAAAAAACGGAAGAUAACAAGCAGGAAAUAGACAAAAAAGACAACAACAACAACAGCAGCUUCUUCACGUACCGAUAAUGGCUUACACACUCGACACAACAUCAACAACAACAACAUCAUCAACAUCAACAUCAACAUCAGCAACAUCAUCAUCCUGAAGAAAGAUCGCUGCGACAGUAACUGAUGAUUAUCCGAAAACGAAUUGAAUACGGCAAAUUGAUUACAAUUACCAAGAACAAUUAACAAUUAACUAACUAAAACACUUUAGAUGACAGCAGUGCGACAGCUAGAUGUCCUAGCUAGUAACCAAGCAUCGCAAACGCAUGUAACUUUUCUACGAGCCAUUUUUGCAUAGACUUACUGAAUUCACCCCAAAAGACAAUUCAGCUUAUUACUAUGACAAUGCAGCCUAUGUACGAUAUGGCCUCGUUCAAAAGCCAAAACAGGAUAAUGAACACACAAUUCUUGAUAUGAUGUAUACACGUACACACUACAUUACAUUACAUCCCAUUAUAUUACAUGCGUUUGUGUUGGAUAGAACAACAACAACAACAAAACAUGCAAAAAAAAAA